AUGGGGGUGUUCAAUGUCACUCGUCCUGCAUCCUUCCUCCUGACUGGCAUCCCUGGUCUGGAGAACUCUCACUCCUGGCUGGCAGGGCCCCUCUGUGUUAUGUACGCUGUGGCUCUCGGGGGCAACAUAGUGAUCCUGCAUGCAGUGAGAGUAGAGCCCAGUUUGCAUGCACCUAUGUACUAUUUCCUAUCUAUGCUGUCCUUUAGUGAUGUGGCCAUGUCAAUGGCUACGCUGCCCACUGUAUUCAGAACUUUCUGCCUUGAUGCCCGCAGCAUUGCUUUUGAUGUUUGCCUAGUCCAGAUGUUUCUCAUCCACUCCUUCUCCAUGAUGGAGUCUGGUAUUCUCCUGGCUAUGAGCUUUGACAGAUAUGUAGCUAUUUGUAAUCCCUUGCGCUAUGCCACUGUACUCACCAAUGAAAUCAUUGCUGGGAUGGGCUUCGCGAUGACUGCCAGGAGUUUUAUCACCCUCUUCCCUCUCCCCUUCCUCAUCAAGAGACUGCCUAUCUGCAAAUCCAAUGUUCUUUCCCACUCCUACUGCCUGCACCCAGACAUGAUGAAGCUAGCUUGUGCUGACAUCACCAUCAACAGCAUCUAUGGGCUCUUUGUUCUUAUAUCCACUUUUGGCAUGGACCUGCUUUUUAUCUUCCUCUCCUAUGUGCUCAUUCUACGCUCUGUUAUGGCCAUUGCUUCCCGUGAAGAACGUCUCAAAGCUCUUAACACAUGUGUGUCACAUAUUUUGGCUGUACUUGCAUUUUAUGUGCCAAUGAUUGGGGUUUCCACAGUGCACCGUUUUGGUAAACAUGCCCCACGAUAUGUCCAUGUUCUCAUGUCCAAUGUAUAUCUCUUUGUGCCUCCUGUGCUCAACCCUCUCAUCUAUAGUGCCAAGACAAAGGAAAUCCGCCGUGCCAUUAUCCGCAUGUUUCACCGUAUCAAGAUGUGA